AUGGCAUCUCAAGUACUUACCAAAGAUGAGAAAUCUCUCCAUGACCAGGUGAAUCUCCUGCCACGACGUCAACUAGGCAUCGCCCUCGCCACCCUGUCAGCUUCGCUACUUCUCGUCAUCAUUGACCAAAAUGGCAUUUCCGUCAUGCUUCCCACCAUCGCCCACGACUUGAAUGCUGAGAAUACCAUCUCUUGGGCUGGAACAGCCAGUCUAGUCGCCAACACCUGUUUCCAGAUGCUCUACGGCAGACUAUCCGAUGUCUUUGGUCGCAAAGUCGUCUUCAUAUCUGCCAUCCUACUUCUUUGUUUUGCAGAUUUACUUUGUUCUUUCAGUCAAAAUGCAAUAAUGCUGUAUAUCUGCAGAGCUAUCGCAGGUAUUGGUGGCGGUGGUGUACAGAACCUUGUCAACAUUAUCAUAUCCGAUAUCGUCACUCUUGAACAAAGAGGACAAGUUCAAGGCGUGAUAGGAGCUGCCGUCGGUUUUGGUAACGUUGUUGGGCCAUUUAUCGCUGCGGGAGUCAUGGGUCAAACUUCGUGGAGAGCUUUCUUCUGGCUUCUUUCGCCUCUGUCAUUCUGUACUGCGGUGUUGUCUUACUACUUUCUUCCUUCCAAGCCCGCUACCGUUGGGUUUUGGGAAGGAAUUAGGAAAAUUGAUUGGAUGGGUACAAUUGUCUCUGGCAUUGGAAUUGUUCUUCUCCUCAUCCCGAUUUCUGGAGGAGGAUCAUAUUUCUCUUGGGAUUCGCCUCUUUCCAUCAGUAUGCUUAGUGUCGGCAGUGCACUACUCAUCGUAUUUAUCAUGUGGGAAUGGAAAAUGGCAAAACUUCCCAUGAUGCCAGCAAAUCCUCUCAAGUAA